GCUUUUGGACUGGCAUUCUCUUUGGGCUUGACUAAGCUUUGUGUUCUCAUCGCAAGAUGCCAAAGCUGAGCGAUCACGACAUCGAAAACGCUCUGUUUAGGCUGGUCCGCUCCACCGUCGGUCCGGAUGCCGACAGCCUGUCGUUGGCGAGACAUAUCAACCGCACCGGUAAACAGACUUGGACAAGUGCCACUAACGGCCAAGCUAACCUGAAAGCGUUGCUGCAAGAUAUCGUCCAGGAGCUUCCCGAUAAAGAGUCUCAACGAAAAUUGAAGGCGUUGCUGGAUCGACUAGAAACGCUAUACGAUGGAGCCGCCUCCAAUGCGCCGGCCAGCUUUGUGAAAGUGUUGACUGAACUGGCCGAAAGCAACGGACAACGACCAGUGAUGCCUCUACAUCAUCCAACAAUCACAAAAACCGAAGUCAAUGAAAAUGACAAACGAAGGAGUCGAUCAUUUGAAGAAGCUUUUUUGGAAGCAUUUAAUGUUGAAGAACAAUAUGUUUUGCGGGAAUGUCUUUACGCUCUUCAGGGGAUCAAUGGGGAAAGGAUACGCUUUGUAUGGAAAUAUAAGAUAAAUGUGUCUCUCCGGGAAGAUACCUACGAAGGAAUUAGGGUACGAUCUGAAGCCAUCGAUCAGCAUCAAGCGCUGCCGCCAAGCUUACUAGUUCAUUCAAAAUUAGGAUCAGGUUCUAAGGAUGCGAUUAGAAUGUGCUGCGAAGCCGGUUGGUUGUACAGCCGUAUAGCGGACUAUCUAAGCAAAGUGCAAUCAAUCGAACAGGGAGCCGUUCUUCGGGCCUUUGCGAGUUCUUUGACGGAAGAAAUGCACUCCUACCAAUGCUUUCUAGCUAGGCUAGAAGAAUCGCAUCCAUAUUCCAUCCGCCAGAUGCUUCUGGAACUUCGGCCACCAAUUUCCAGGCUACGAAUCUUAGCCACGCUGGUGGAUGGUCUUGUGCAUAUUUCGGGGGGUCCGCUUUUGACUGCCUUAUAUCUUCACAUGCGCCACGGUGAUUCGAGACAUGGGACUUUGCUAAAGCAGAUAUUGCACCAAUCGUCUAGGCCUUGGUUUCAAAUGCUUUCGCUUUGGACAACCCAAGGCCUCUUGAUGGAUCCGUUCGAAGAAUUUUUUGUGGAAGAAAACGAAGGAGUUGCGGACCAUAAUUUGUGGAGUGAAGGAUACUCUAUUAAAGAGCAAAAAGUGCCGAUAGGGGUCGUAGACGAGGGUCUCGUAUUGGUUGCCUUUAGCAUCGGAAAGGGGAUUAACUUCAUUCGGAAGUCUUUACAAGAUGGUGAAUGGAGAUUGAAAAUUGAGGAUAAAAGUGCCAUUUCCGAAUCAAUGUUGAAGGAACCGCGGUCGUCGUUUUUCGUGGAGGAUAGCUCGAUCUCUCGUAAAAAUUUGGACAGCGCUGCUUUGCAGGUUCAUUCUCAUAUUCUCACAUCGCUACACGACAGGCACCAUUUGUUGCAGCAUCUUUUUGCACUCAAGCAAUUUCUUCUUUUGGGACAAGGUGAUUUUUAUUCUUCCCUUCUAGAUGGUAUUCAUCAAGAGUUUGAAGGGCGGCGGGGAAUUGUAGGGGUUUAUCGCCAUACUCUAGCUGCUAUAGUUGAUUCCGCCUUACGAGGCACAAACGCUUCUGAUUUUCCUGAAUUCGUACUGAAACGACUGCAAGUAGAGCUUCGAUUAUCUGCCGAUGAGGAUGCAAGGUAUAUGUUUGGUUGCUCGAAGGAAAGCGAUGCUGACGUGAGAACGGUUUGGGAUAUUUUUUUGUUGGAAUACAGUGUCCCUGAUCCAUUGGUUGCAAUUGUUCACGCAAAGGCGGUGGAAAGCUAUCGAAAAUUGUUCCUAUUUCUUUUUAAUCUUCGUCGAGUUGAGUUUAUGCUCAAUCUCACUUGGCGGCACAGUGCAGUUCUGCAGCACGCGUUGCAGACGGCCGCACAGCACAAUGGCAUUAACGUUUCAAUAAGCAAAGCCUAUGCUCAAGCAACAGUUCUUCUGCGCCAAAUUGCUAUUACGAGGCAAUCCAUGAUGCAUUUCGUAGUAAAUCUCAAGAGCUAUUUGAUGUUUGAAGUAUUGGAAGGCGGCUGGAAGCAGCUCGUCCACGGUAUCGAAGAAUCGAAAACUCUGGAUCAGGUCAUUGCUACACACGAUGACUACCUUUCGUGUUUACUGAGAAAAGGUCUGCUGGAUGGGGCUCGUGGAGGUAGCAGCGAGGGGCCCGAUGUUGCGAAGCAAUUUGAGCAACUCUUUUAUCUCUCAGACGAAUUUUGUGCCUAUCAGCAAGAAAUGUUUGGAGAGGCACAGGAAUCUGCUGAUCGAGCUGCCGUCAAGCGCAGAGAAGCCGAAGAGAGACUCAAUCAUGGGCACUGGGGAUUCAGUACGGAAAAGGAAGUCUCCGAAGAGGAGACAUUUUUUGGUCUGGCGGAUGCAACCAAGUUGUUCGAGGCCGACAGAAUUUCUGCAUCAUUCGACGAACAAAUUGUCCUACUUCUUCAGGCGCUCGAUCAGAAGUUAAACGGAGUUCCCUUAGAAAAACCUUUGAACAUGAAGACACCUCCUGCGCAACGUCUGGAUCGCAAUUUAAGUUUUUGA